GCCGCGCUGCAUGCACAGGAUGCUGCCGACGGACUCCACAAGUGACGGUAUCCGGUAAAAAAAACCCAACACAACUUAGGCUCCAAAAUGGAGUAAAGACGCCGAAAGGCAGCGCCGUCGUCUCCCUAAUGCCUGUCAUUACUCUGUAAAAAACAAUAAGAACGUAUUUUGUCGCCGCUGAAAAGAGGACAGAAGAUCUGCAGAAAUUGCGGGGAAGUUGUCAUCAUCGCCAUCCUACCGUUAAGCUAGCUGCACGGACCAGCUGAGGAUGGAGCAGUCGGAGCAGUCGGGCCCGGACUCGGGCUCUCAGGAUGUGAACCCCGUGUUCCUGCAGCAGCUCAGAGAGCUGGACAUCCCUGAGGAGGCAGCCAAACAGGCACUCCUGCAUACUCGGAACGUGUCUGCCGAGGAGGCGGCCAUGUACUACUUCAACAAGCUGGAGAAUGAGGAGGAGGGAGACGACGACCUCAUGUUCAAGAUGGUGUUUGUGGUCAACAUGGACCUGGCCAUGGGAGUGGGCAAGGUGGCAGCUCAGGUCGGCCACGCUGCCGUGGGUUUGUACCAGGCUCUGCAGGAGAAGAACAGCUGGAGGGAGAUGGCCUGGAAAUGGGAUCAUGGCGGAGCCAAGAAGGUGGUGGUCCAGGGCACCAACAUGGCUCAUCUACUGGAGCUGCAGGCUCUGGCCAUGAGCCUCAGCCUGCCCACCUACUUGGUGCAGGACGCAGGCCUCACCCAGGUGGAGGCGGGCUCCCGCACUGUUCUGGCCAUCAUGGGCGAGGAGGAGAUGGUGAACAACGUCACUGGAAGUCUGAAGCUGCUCUGAGGGACUGAAAGCCCCCGGUGGAGGCACGGCUCUGCAGUGCCACUCAGGCAACCAGCAGAGAGCACUAUUCCCCAGCACGGAGGGUCUUGGCAUGCAAGAGCGCAACAACAACCCUAAAAAAAGAAGAGAGAAAAAAAAGAGGAAAACAAGACAUGCCCCAACCCCAGACGACAAACACUACUUGGCCAUUUUUUCCCUUUCAGUCUUUGUGUGAGCCGCUCGGGCGGUCUCUGAGAGCAGCAGGGGAAAGGGACAGGUCCUCGCUGAGGGGACGAGUUGAAGGCAGUUUAAAUAUAUUUUUCCUGUUGACCUUUCUCUUUUUCAAACAUGGACCUAGUUUUCCUAGUUUUAGAGACAAGCCAUCUUUAUAGAAGAGUGACAUCCAAGUUUUCAAAAUGUUUUAAGAAAAUCCAUCCCAUCUGCUGAGUUCUUUUCCAAUUUCAGAUACAGGGGAAACGAUGCAAGCAUAGAACCUAGCAUUUUGGUGGCUGUCCAAUAUCGUUAUUGUUAUUCAAGGAGCAAUGUAUUGUAACACAUUAUAUAAUUGUAAUAAAACCCAUAACAGAUGUAGGAUCUCCCUGUGGAAGUUAAUAACUCCUCAGUGAAGGGCAACUGAUUGAUAUGUGAACAUUCAUUUUCGAUGUUUAAAUGAUAACUGUGUCUGUAUGCAACUGUUCUCCCAAAGAUCCCUAUCCUAUAGAAUCAAUAACAUCACUUAUCAUUGUUAAAUGGCUAUAUUUUGUUUACAUACGCCUCUUAAGGCCAUAUAUUGUAUAAUCUGUGGUGUGCCAUCCUUAAUGUUCUGUACAGUUACUGGACUGUGUUGCAUUGUUUUUUCUUUAUGCAAAAGAAAAAACGUGAAGCUUUCUCUGUUAUAAAUUCCUAGAACAUGAGGGUGGCUGAGGAGUUGAACGUUGCUUCUUGGUCGAGGCCUGUGCCGGGCUCGUCUUUAUGCCCUCUGACUACCUAUGGUGGAUAAGGAUGGUUUACGAUACUGAAUUUUGUAAACCACAGCUUGGGAUGGCAUAAAUUUAUUGCGUAAGAAUGUGUGUAUGACAAAUUGUGUUAACCGGGUUACAAGUCUUGCACAACAAUAGUCUUAUUAAUAUACAAAGUACAAUAUGUGAGCUGUGGUGUGUCCCAAUGUCCUUAUCUGCAACAAAUACUACUACUAUCAUGUGGGCAUGAGGCGCCACUCCAGAAGUCUUACCUUCAUGUAGAUUUUAUUUUCAACAGAAAUCUUAAAAAAAAAAAACAGCAGUGUCUACGCAUGCGAUAUGAAAUGUAUAUGCUAAGAGACCAUGGGAAUCACAUAGAUGUGUGUCCAUUUUAAUAAUAAUAAUAAUAAUAAUAUGUACACACUUUGA